AUGGGGCAAAUUCUUUCGAACCCAGUCAUUGAUAAAGAGACAGAGUCUGGUAGCGACAAAUGGACAGCAUAUGCUGUCUGUGCUAUGCAAGGAUGGCGUAUGUCGAUGGAGGAUACGCAUAUCGCCCAAUUAAACUUGAACGCCGAUGAAUCAUCUGGCCAUGUGGCUCUAUACAGUGUGUUUGACGGCCAUGGGGGUUCCUACGUGGCUAACUUCUGCGGUGAACGUAUGGAGAAGAUAGUCAAGUCUCAGAAGAGCUAUGAAACUGGUGAUCUUGCUCAGGUUUUAACGGAUGCCUACUUGGCUGCUGAUGAACAGCUGGCAACGCAGUCUUCCAUUAGUGAUGACCAUAGUGGCUGUACCGCCACCUCUGUUCUAAUCUCAAAGGAAAAGGGUGUAAUUAUCUGCGGUAAUGCUGGUGACAGUAGAACAGUGUUAUCGUCUGGUGGUCUUGCAAAAGCAUUAUCAUUUGAUCACAAACCUACUCUUCCGGGUGAAACUGCAAGAAUUACAGCAGCUAAUGGUUUCGUUCAAAUGAGUAGAGUAAACGGUAACUUGGCAUUAUCGCGUGCCAUUGGUGACUUUGAAUACAAGUCCAAUCCAAAGCUUUUACCUCAUGAGCAAAUGGUCACAUGUGUCCCAGAUGUAAUUGAACACAAGCUAGACUUUGAGAAUGAUGAGUUCGUUAUUUUGGCUUGUGAUGGUAUCUGGGAUUGUCUGUCCUCUCAAGAGUGUGUCGAUAUGGUACACUAUGGUAUUCAAAAAACGGAGUUAUCCUUGCUAGAGAUUACAUCGCGAAUCGUCGACAUUUGUUGUGCGCCAAGCACAGAAGGCUCUGGUAUUGGUUGUGACAAUAUGAGUAUUAUUGUUGUAGCUUUAUUGAAAGACUCUGAAACAUUGGAGCAAUGGUUUGAGCGCAUGCGGGCAAAGAAUUACUCUUAUUCGACUACUUUUGAACAAAAGAGAAAGGAGGUUUUCUCAUUCUAUAAUUUCGCAAAGAAUCAAGAAACAGGUGAUGAAGAUGUUUUUGCUAUUACGGCUCCUAGAUCAGCACCUGGUUCAAAAUUGAAUGGAAACCAAGAGAGAGGGGUAACAGCUAAGGGACCAGUGGAUACGUCAAAAAAUGGCAAGUCACCUGGAGUCAUAGACUUUACCUCGCUGGAAUCGUUACUCGAGGCAGGUAUCAAAAUCAGCCAAAGUCCAAAUAAUGUUCAGCAUUUUCAAGGCUCUGCACUUGCGGAUAUGUUAGCAUCGUUGAGCGAAGCUGCUGCUGGAGAAACCAGUCCAAGUGAAAAGAACGAUGAUAUUGAGUUUACGGAAAGCACACAUGCCAACCCUGAAGAAUCAAUUGGCCACUAA